AUGAAACCUAAGCCCCAAAUUGAAACUAAUAAUUCAAUUGAUUUAUUCUAGAGGACUACACAAAAUCUUAAAACCCAGAAACUAGACAUCAUCAAUUCAGUUCGUAGUACUAAUUCUAAGUCUAAUUCUAAUGUUAAUAUAUUUGGAAGAGAAUUCCUCAAAAAAAAGUUUAGUCAAGAGAGUCUUUAAAAAAAGAAGUAAUUCAUUAAUCAAGAAAUACCAAUCACAUAAUAAUAUUAAAAUCAGAUACUAUUAUCAAAAUACGAUAUGCCUAUUCGUAAUUAUUCAAAUAGUUAAUAAUAAUCUUUAUUACUUAAUCAGCUUGUCACCAAAGUAACUCCAAAUGUUGAAUUGAACAUAUUCAAAUAAUCUAAGCAAUCAUCUAUUGAUUUUAGACCUUUAACAUCUGAAAUUAAUUCUACAACUUCAUUCCAACAUAAGAGAUAACAAUCAAUUGGAUCCAAAGAUCAAAACUAUAAAAAGAUAUAUAAUGGAAUGUUGCAGAAACCUUAAAAGGCAUAUUCCCAAUAGAUAACUCCAGUUCAUUCAAGAUAAUUAUCAUUAUAGUAAUCUUAAUCAAUAUCAAAUCGCGAAUUAAAAUAUUUUGAAAGCAUUAAAUUUAAUAAAGAAAAUGUCUAAUUUCAGUAUUAUUUAGGAAAAAUUAAGUAAGUUUUCACUCGGCCACUUUAAGAUGAUUAUUUUAGUUCUCUCUAUAGAGAACAUUUCUUUUAAACAUAUUAAGGAAUAUAUGUUGCAUCUCAUUUGAGACCAACAGAUCCUAAUGAUUUCAAAAAGAAAGCAGUCAAAAUGAAAUAAAAAGAUAAAUACAAAGGUAAAUCAAUUUUAUAUUUAAGAUAAAAUAACUGUGAUUUUUGAUUUAGAUGAAACAUUAGUACAUUGUAAUGAAUCAAUAUAAUAGAAAUCUGAUAUCAUUUUAAAUAUUAAAGUUAAUUCUCAUGAAAUUGUCAAAGCAGGUGUAAAUAUACGUCCAGGAGCUAUAGAAUUAUUAUAAUCUUUAGUUGAUGAAUUUGAAAUCAUUGUUUUCACUGCCUCACAUCAAUGUUAUGCUAAAUAAGUUUUAGAUUAUUUAGAUCCUGAAAAUAAACUUAUAUCACAUAGAUAUUUUAGAGAUAGUUGUAUCUUGACUACAGGUGGAAUGUAUACUAAAGAUUUAAGAAUAUUUGACAGACCGCUAAGUCAAAUGGUUUUAGUUGAUAAUGCAUCUUAUAGCUAUGCUUGGUAAUUAGAUAAUGGAAUACCUAUUGUUCCUUUUUAUGAUAAUAAAGAAGACAAAGAACUUUUGGGUUUAUAGAGUUAUUUAAUGGGAAUGCGUGGUGUCUUAGAUGUUAGAGAGUACAAUAGGUAAUAGUAGUUUUACUUUAUUUUUUAGAAAUAAAUUGAAAUUAAAUUAAUUCUUUGAUUCAUAAGGUCCUGCCAUUGUUUUUGAAAAGCUUUUUCAAUAAAAAAUUGAAAUAUGA